GUGCUUAUAUAAGUGUUUAGUACGGGCGAGCAGAAGGGUGUUUCAAAAUGUCAGCGAAUUGGAAGAUUACGGUUCCGCUUCUCGCCUUGUUCUUGGCGGCGGCAAGUGUGUCGGUCGGAGGCGCUCAAUUGGUCGGAGGCAAUUCUAAAGCCGACCUGAAUGCACAGCCAGUCAAAGACGCCUUGCAGUUUGCUGUCGUCCAGGUCAACCUCAAGAGCAAUGCUUUGUUCGUCAGCAAAGUGACAAGAAUAAUCAAGGCUCAACAACAGUUGGUUGCCGGAAUGCUGUACACUUUCACGGUGGAGAUGGCCAGGACGUCCUGCAGAAAGGGGGGGGAGGAGGAGAACUGUGCCGUGCACGAGGACCCAGCGAUCGCAAAACCCAGCGAAUGUACUUUCCAAGUGUGGAGCAGACCCUGGCUUAAUGAAAUGGUGCUGAAGAAAAACACCUGCACGGCUUAAGAACGUCACGGAGAACGGCGACGUUGCUUUAAUUCCAAUAAUCUACGAUUAAUAGUGUAGCUUUUUCUGCCUGCUAAGAGAUGCCGAAUUAACCCACUAGUUAUAUCAACUGUAUUUCUUCAGCAAAUGUUUUUAAACCCGUUACAUAUUUUGUAGUUUUAUCUUUCCUUUGGCCAUUUGGUAUUCAUAGAUGAGAUAAGAGAAUAAAAGAAUUGGCAGUGCCAGCUAUGCAAUAAAUCAUUAAUAUCUGACCUAAAUAAAUGAUGAACACAG